UUUUCUUUUUCUUUUUAUGUUGUGUGUCAGUUGGGGGUCUUAGUUUUUGCUGAAAUGAGUUUUCGAGACCAUGAACUUCAAAGUGGCGGAGUUUUUUGGAUCUGUAGUAAUAGCGGGGUCUUCUUUUAUUAAAGUGGCUGCAAAAUGAUAUUAGAGCUGUCUGUUUUUCGUUGAAUGUGUUGGCUGGUGACAGUUCUGAUUUUGGGUUGUCACUUUCUCACGGUUCAAUAAUUUACACGAGAAAUAACAUUUUUGUGCACUUAUAAGCUUGUUCACGGGUUUGUGCUUCAGAAAUUCAAAAUUUUGCCACUUUUAGAUGUUGGGCGCUAUUAGGGUAAGUUUGGGCCACAGUCUAGAGUUGGGCCAGCGUGAGCUACAGAGUCAAAAAUAUUUCUAAAUCCGUGUCAUGCUUGGCUGUACGACACUACCUGGGCCACGCUCUGUUAUACACCACAUUCGUCAUGCCUCAACCUUGGCACAUCUCAUCAAAAGAUUGCAUGAAUAAGGUUUUGUGAAGUUUGGGGUAGUUUUGCAAUUGCUACCUAAGAGUUGAAUGUGCCAAGGUUGAGCUAUGCAUUAUGCCAGGGUUCAUGAUUUAGGUCUGAGAGCAGAACUUAUAUGUUUCUAAGGCAUGUACUGUGGGAAACAGUGCAUUUGGAAGACUAUCUGAGUCUAACAGGGUUUGUUGAGCAAAAGGUUUGGAAUGAAAAUAGGGGAAGCUUUCAGAGUGAAGAAGUGAUAACAACUAACAUUUUUUGACUGCAUUUUCGAAAAAUAUAAUCAUGCAAGGUGGAGACUGUAAAGAGGAGAGGGAUUCUGAAGGGCAACCCAAUCUCCCGUCUCCUGCUCUUGGCAUGCUUUGGUGGAAUAGUUUUGGAUCUCAAGUGCCACAGACUGCAUUCUAUAAUCCUGCAAAGUCAUUGUUUGUAGAUCAUCCGAGCAGAGUUCCUGGUGCUGGAAAACAAGUGGUAAUUCAGUCAGAGCAGCCUGAACAUCCAACAUGUGUUGCAAGCCAUUCUCAAUCUGAAAGUGAAGGCGUGCUGAUGGGGACAACAAGACUCCAAUCCAUGCCAAUCCAGUCUGGUUGUGAUGGAGCGAAUGGGGAGAAGUCACGUCAAUGCCAGUCAACUAAUCCUAUAAUUACUUCAACUCCAAUUGAAUACCUUGCACCACAUGCACAAUUGGAGUUUGGUCCUCCUAUUGCUCGAGCUGCAUACCCAUAUGCUGAUCCAUAUUUUGGGAGUAUUAUGGCUGCUUAUGGAGCUCAAGCUAUGAUAAAUCCACACAUUCUGGGGGUGCAAAAGGCUCGGAUGCCCUUGCAGUUGGACAUGACUGAAGAACCUGUCUAUGUCAAUGCUAAACAAUAUCAUGGGAUUCUUCGACGCAGGCAAUGUCGUGCAAAGCAGGAGUCUGAAAAUAAGCUGAUUAAAAACAGGAAGCCAUAUCUUCAUGAGUCUCGUCAUCGCCAUGCAAUGAAAAGAGCAAGAGGGUGUGGUGGUCGCUUCCUGAAUACCAAAAAAAUGGAGGAAUCAAAAGCAAAUGCAGCUAAUGGAAUUACAUCAGCUGAACCACCUGUACAGGCUGGGAGUUCCUCAGGGUCUGAAGUUCUGCAGUCAGAAAGUGGAAAUGUAAAUUCAGUGCAGGAGCUACAUGGUGCAUCAGCAAUGUCAGGGUCAGAAGUGACCAGUAUUUCGGAGUCAUCUGAAAAUGGUACAAGUUAUCAAUAUUCUCAUUCCAAUGAAACAUACACGAACCACUUCCAACAUCCAAAUUUCCAAUUCUCAGCAUUUCAUCCUCCUUCAGGUGUAGCAGAGGAAGGUGGCAGUGAGCAAAGUGGGGUCAUCUUAUCAGGUGGAUCACAACAAAGAGUUGUUGUGAUCCAAUGACACGUUGGAAAGUAAGAUUAAAGAUUGGGUUCUCAUUUGCUUGAUGUGCUGUUACAUUGAUUUUUGCAAGAUAUUUGUCAAUGAAGUCCUGUGAUCUGUAAGGUGAAACAGACGGCAGGCAAAAUCUUGGAAUUUCUAUGAUUCAGUUCUACGGGCAUUCAUGUAUAGUUUGCUUGUGAAUUGGUUCAAAGAGCCAUCCUGCAUUAGAGAACCUUUUCUAGGGAAGCAAUCAGAUGGAAGUGUGUGGUCAAUAGAUUGGCCUAACCCAUCUGGUGUUUUUCUAUGGCAAUUCAUCCUUGGCUGGUUUUUCUAGACUUAGUUUAUCAUGACAAUCGCGAUAAGGUUUUGAGCUAUAUGUUUCGUGCAGAAAAAAAUUGAAAAAUUGAAAUUCUGGAAGGUUUGUUUUCAAGUGUCUCCUCUUUAGACAAUGUGAUCGAUGCUUGAUUUUGGAAGCAACAAAACUUGUGUUUUUAAUUACUUCCUCUCCUGUGCUAGUCAAGGCAGAGAAUACUGUUUAUGUACUCUGAUGUUAUGAUGUGUGUUAAAACUUGGGCACUGACAGAUUUUAAUGUAAACAUGUUUGUUGAAAGUACCAUCCCACUUUUAUGCUUU